CAAUGGCUUUCGUGGCAACAAUCUUGGUGCUGGCGGCUGUUGGAGUUCACGUCGACAGUAGAACUCUCAAGGGUUAUACCCCUCACAUCACCAACCGGGAGCUGGAAGGGAAGAUCACUGCCACCACUUUUGUCCUGGAGCAACCACGCUGCAACUUCCUUGAUGUUGAAGAAGAAGAAGACAGAAUCUGGCUGCUGGUUGCCCGCAGUAAUGCUACUGGAAAAUUUGAGCAGUCCGAAGCUCCUCAGAAUUUAUCCUACCACUCUUUCAGCAUUAACUCCUAUUAUAUGACACUGGACACUGCUGCUGUCAACUACCCCUGUGCAACAUCACCAGAUGAGAUCACUGUUCUAAGGGUUGGAGCCGACACUUCGUGCAUAAACAAGGCCUGGGAAACAGACUGCAACGGCCCCCUCCCAGACCCUGGGCCCUACAGAGUCAAGUUUAUUGCAAUAAACCCCAAUGGCACCAUGCGUGAGUCUCUAUGGUCAGAUGAUAUCACACUAAUUCAAGGGAAAGACUAUACCACUAUUACUUCAUCGCCCAGAAACAGAAAAGGAAUGAUUGCCCUCACUUCCAUCCUCUCGAUUCUCUCUGCUAUUCUGCUGGCCUACUUCAUUGCUGUCCUGAUCUAUAAAUAUUCUGACAAUUGUGGCAAUGCUGAAAUCUCAAGCAUACGGGAUGCAGCGACGAUGACCCGCUACACCACCCACCAUAUGUACAAUCAUCCUACAUCCAAGUCAUGAAUUUCUCCAUCCCUCAACAUCUUCGUUCAGUCUCCCUCCUCCUCUAUUCAUUAGG